AUGUGCACCUUUUUUGACUGCAAAAGCUUUUCGACAGAUUUUGGUAUCUCUGUGGAAUGGUCAUUUUUUGGUAUUGCUAGCAACACAGUUGCUGCCGCAACAGCUUUCGAGAUGGCACACAAUUUAAUCUUAGAAUGGGCAUGUCACUACAAAGGGGGAGCAGCCACUUUUAGCUACCGUCUUGGAGUGUCAGACGGGCUCAGGACUAUGGCCAAUCGUGAAAAACAAAAAGAGCUUGCAGAAGUUCAGCGCAAGGAGCCGAAUUCGAUUACAGCUAAAAAUCUCAAAAAAGCAACAGAGAGCCAGCGAGGAUUGGACAGGGCAGCAGCACUGUGUACCGAAGCCAUCAGUGCAUCAGUCUAUGAUGACGAGGAUACAAGUUCAAUGAAACUUGAAUCUGACGAGGAGUCCGAGAGCGACCCCAAGGAUGUCAAUGAGUUGGACAUCAAAGCCGACUUCAGCAUGGAUGAUGUACAAGCUAUCGACCUGUGCGAUGACGUGGACGAGAGCAUUGAGAAGUAUACGAAGUGGAAGCCAUCUGAGUCCUAUCUAGAGGUUGGACAUGAGACUAAGUCUGCAUCGCUAAUGGCAUCUGGUUGGCAAUCCCAGAUGCAGCUUAUUCACUUCCGAGCAACAUCAGAGCAGGUUGCGGAUGAAUAUCUGGCACAACAUAACAUUAAACUACACAGUGGUAAGAAACGGACUUCAACCAUUCGUGACAAAGAUUCCUAUCGCCGGGGUCAGCAUGACAGUUCAAAAAUCAACGUCCGCCAGAAAACGCCGGUAUAA